CACGCGCGCCGAGAUGGGGGCCGGCAGCCAGCAGUACGACCACCUGAUCAAGCUGCUGCUCAUCGGAGACAGCGGCGUGGGCAAGAGCUGCCUGCUGCUGCGUUUCUCCGAGGACCAGUUCACGAGCAGCUUCAUCACGACGAUCGGCAUAGACUUCAAGAUCCGCACGGUGGAGCUUGACGGGAAGCGCGUGAAGCUUCAGAUUUGGGACACCGCGGGCCAGGAACGGUUCCGCACGAUCACCAACGCGUACUACAGGGGAGCCCAUGGCAUCCUGCUGACGUACGACGUGACCGACGAGGGGUCUUUCAACAACGUGAGGAACUGGAUGAGGAACAUUGAGCAGCACGCGAGCGACGGCGUGAGCAAAGUUCUAGUCGGGAACAAAUCGGACGCGGAGGAGAAGCGGGUGAUCUCGACGGAGCAGGGGGAGGCGCUGGCGAAGGAGUUCGGCAUCCCGUUCUUCGAGACGAGUGCAAAGGCCAACACCAACGUCAACGACGCGUUCUUUGCCAUCGCGAGGAUCAUCAAGGCGGGUUUGAAAACGAGCGGGGACGGCGGCGGCGCGGGGGUCAAGCUCGGACCGCCCCCCAAGGCAAAGUCGGGAACCUCCUGCUGCUGACGAGAGAUUUUUUUGUUGUUCGAAGUUGAGACACUAUCGA